AUGGCUCCCAGCUACGACAACGUGUCUGACGACGAGUUCGACGACGACGAGAUCAACUUCGAUGAUCUUCGCGAACAAUUUGAAGUGCGACUCGAGUCAGGCUAUGACGCCUUUGUUGUUCUUGAUGGAUUGCCUAUUGUUACAGAGGAGAACAAGGAAAAACUUGUCAAAUAUGUAUCGAAAAAGCUGAAUACCGUCGGAAGGGUGGUGGACUUCUUCAUGCCCAUCAACGAAGACAAUCAAUCAGAAGGAUUCGCAUUUGUGGAAUAUGAGACCCCAGAACAGGCAACUGCCGCCGUUAAAUCGCUACACGCUGUCCCUCUUGAUAGGAAACAUACACUUUUAGUCAACAAACUCACAGAUAUCGAUCGAUAUGGUCGCGAGGGUCGCGUCGACGAGGAGUACACCGCGCCUGAAAUCCCACCAUUCAAAGAAAAGGAACACCUUCGAUCAUGGAUGGGCGACCCUAGCGCCCGGGAUCAAUUUGCGCUUUUCCGAGGCGACAAAGUUGGCGUGUUUUGGAAUAUGAAGAAGGAAGACCCGGAGAAUGUCGUUGACCGCCCACACUGGACACAACUCUUCGUGCAAUGGUCGCCACAAGGAACAUUCCUCGCUUCGAUGCACCCCCAAGGUGUGCAGCUGUGGGGUGGCUCUACGUUUGGCAAACAAAGGCAAUUGCCGCAUCCUUUUGUUCAACUGAUUGAGUUUUCUCCUGGUGAGAAGUACAUUACGACGUGGUCCGCUCGCCCUAUUCAAGUAGAAGAAGGCCAGCAAGGAACCCUUUCGUACGCGGAGGAUGGAAAGCACAUCAUUAUCUGGGAUAUUGAGACGGGGAAGCCUCUUCGGUCUUUUGCCGCCCACGACAUUGCUGGUCCUGAGGUGGAUGCUGCGCCCAAGAAGAAGAUCCAGUGGCCCGCUUUCAAGUGGUCUGCUGAUGAAAAAUAUGUUGCACGAAUGCUUCCCGGACAAUCACUUUCCAUCUACGAACUACCGGAUAUGCACAUGUUGAACAAGGAAAAGACUCCUAUAAAGAUCGAUGGUAUUGUGGAUUUCGAGUGGGCUCCCGCGACCGUUGCGCGCGAGGGUAUCAAGCAAUACGAACAAUUACUAUCUUUCUGGACUCCUGAAAUUGGAAGCAAUCCCGCAAAGGUCGGUUUAAUGAGUGUUCCAUCGAAAGAAAUUGUUCGUACACGAAAUCUUUUCUUGGUCUCAGAUGUGAAGCUUCACUGGCAAUCUCAAGCAGCAUUCCUUUGCGUCAAGGUCGACCGUCACAGCAAGAGCAAGAAGAGCAUGGCCACGAACUUGGAGAUUUUCCGUAUCAAGGAGAAGGGGGUUCCCGUUGAAGUCGUCGACAGCUUGAAAGACACGGUGAUCAACUUCGCCUGGGAACCCAAGGGCGACCGAUUCGUUCUCAUCACAUCUGGUGAAGCAGUCGCUGGCGCAGCCACCGCCCCCAAGACAGCCGUUUUGUUCUUUGCACCCGAAAAAGUCAAAGGUGCCGGCAUCGGUAGCUUUAAGCUCGUACGCACAAUCGAGCGAAAGACCAGCAACGGCAUCUACUGGUCACCCAAGGGACGUUUCGUCGUCGUCGCCACCGUCCACUCCCAAUCCAGCUUCGAUCUCGACUUCUACGAUGUCGACUUCGAAGGCGAGAAACCCGAGGCCGAGAAGGACCUAAACGCCAAUGUCAUGCUGCUCAAGACAGUCGAACACUACGGCGUCACCGAUGUAGACUGGGACCCAACCGGCCGCUACGUAGUCAGCAGCGCCAGUGUGUGGACUCACUCGAUGGAAAACGGAUGGAACAUUCACACCUUCUCUGGCGAAACGCUCGCCGAACACCCCACCGAAAAAUUCAAGCAAUUCCUCUGGCGACCACGCCCACCAACACUCCUCAGCCGUGAAGAGCAGAAACAAGUCCGCAAGAACCUGCGGGAAUACUCCAAGGAAUUCGACGAAGAAGACAAAUACGCUGUCGACAUCGCCAACACGGCCGUUGUCGAGAAACGCAAGCGCGUGCUUAACGAAUGGCUUGCCUGGGUUCGCAGAGAAAAGGAGCUGUUGACCGAGGAGAAGGAAGAAGAAGGUCUCCCUGAAGAAGAAGAAGCCGCGGACGCGCUCAAGGGAGCAGCCAAGGGUGAUACUGCGGAUACAGUGGUGGAAGAGAUUGUGGAGGAAAUCAUUGAGGAGACGGAGGAAAUCAUCGGGUAG